AUGGCUUCGAGAUAUACGGCGGCCUCAAAACCCGCCCCAAUUGACCUCGGCUCACUGGGUUGGAUCCAGGGUUUGCAAUUAACAUCUCCCCAAUCACAAAAGGAUCUCGGCCAGUACUAUGGCGGCAUUCCAUUUGCUCAGGCGCCUGUAGGUCCUCUUCGUUUCCGCAAAACUCGCCCUCUGCCGUCAACCUUCAAUUACGGUACCAAGUCAAACCCGGGUCAGUACACUGCAGCUGGCCCAAUAUGCCCACAGCCAACAUGGCGUUGGGAGGUUGAUCCCAAUACCUGGAGUGAAGACUGCCUCAAGACCAACAUUUGGGUCCCGUCCGGAAAGAAGCCCGCAGCUGGAUGGCCUGUCUUUUUCUAUAUUCAUGGAGGUUUCCUGCAAUUUGGUUCCGCCGAUAAACCCAUCGAUGUCAUUGCCAAGAUGUUCGAGGAAACAUCCUUCCAAGCCAUUGUUGUGAUGCCAGCCUAUCGUGUCAACGCUCUUGGAUUUCUUGCGAGCCAUGAAUUGGAUGAAGAAGCCCGAAAUGCCGGUGAAGCGACAGGCAAUGCAGGAUUUUGGGACCAGAGAGCUGCCCUUGAGUGGACUUCGAGGCAUAUUGCGUCUUUUGGAGGAGAUCCAAAAAACAUCACCGUGGGAGGCUAUUCUGCCGGUUCACAUUCCACAUUUCAACAGUUGUCUCAUGACCUCUUCCUUCCAGCCUCUCAAUCCAUCAUCAAACGCGCAAUAAUGUGGUCCAACGGCACUGGCCCGCAGCCAAAACUCCUGGACGAACACCAAAAGAGUUUCGACGAACUACUCUCUACUCUGCACAUUUCUCCCAAGCUCUCACCUUCCGAAAAGUUGGCCGCGCUUCGAGCCGCACCUGUCGCCGACAUUAUCAAGGUUCAAAACACCAUGAGGUACUCAGAAUUUCGAGGAUACUCUGAUGGUUCGUUCAUCUCAAAAUCACUCAUCAAAUCAAUCAAUUCUGGAGAGUACGGCCGGCGCAUGAAAGCGAGAGGCGUCAAACUCCUCAAUGGCGAAUGUGCCGACGAGCACUAUCUCUAUCAAGACUGGCGCACACCGGCCAAUUCGUUCCAAGCCGUUCAUGCACGAUUGUGCGCAGACUAUCCUGAAAGGGUUGUAAACAAUGUGCUUGAUUUAUAUACAAAGAAUAAGCAACUUCCCCAACAUUGCACAGACUGGUGUGAUCUUUUCGGUCGCAUUUAUGCAGAUCUGCAGGUACACUGUCUGGAACGGGGCUUUCACAACAAUCUUGCGAACGCAGGCCUCGAGUUCGGAAGGGACGUCCUCCGUUACCGCAUCGAGUGGCGGGCAGAAUGCGUCGACGCUUUGUGGCCUCGCGAGUGGAAGGUUACCCAUGACACCGAUAGCGCGAUUUGGUGGUGGGGAAAUGGCUGGAAUGAAGGCUUGUCCGAUUCAGAAAAGAAGAUCGUCGGUCCGUUCCAUCGACUUUUCGCGGAUUUUGUCGCUGGCAAGGAUGUCCAAUGGGAGAAGAAGGGUCCCAAAUAUGUCAAACGUCUGAAUUCUAGUGGUGGAUUGGAUAUGUGGGAGGACGAGAGAUGGGAAGAAGCACUCCAUGUGUGGAAGGCUGUCAAUGGAUCUACCAGUUCGGACGGGUCUUUGCCUGCGAAAUUGUAAAUAAAG